CAGCCGCCGGCCCAGCUCCGCGUGGCCUACCUACGCCCUCCUGAUCGGCAGCGCUACGAGGAUAGUCUCUUCCCUUCAGAUAGUCGCUGUGCCCCGCUCCCGGAGUCGCCAAAAAUCUGCUCUAGAGCAUCUCAGAGCAAAUUCCACGGCAAACCCUUGGACGCGUUGCGAGGUCGCCAGCACUACAUUAAUUCUUAAUCGGCUUAUCACGCCAGCGCAAGCUCGCGCAAUGUCGAACAUCGCAGUCAAGAGAAUCCACUGCGACGUCCGGGAGCUGAACCGGAACCCCAGCCGCCAGUACUCGGCGGCGCCGCUCGAGGACAACCUCUUCGAGUGGCACUUCACGCUGCGGGGGCCGCAGGGCAGCGACUUCCAGGGCGGGUUGUAUCACGGCCGCAUCCUGCUGCCGCCGCAGUGGCCCAUGAAGCCGCCGUCGAUCAUGUUUCUCAAUGCCAGCGGCCGCUUCGAGGUCGGCAAAAAAGUCUGUCUGAGCGCGACGAGCUUCCACCCGGAACACUGGCAGCCGGCCUGGGGCAUCCGGACGAUCCUCGAAGCUCUAGUAGCCUUCUUCCCGACGCCGGCCGACGGCGCGCUCGGCGCGCUGCAGUGGCGGCCCGACGAGCGCCGCAAGCUCGCGCUGGAGUCGCAGACGUGGCGGUGCCCCUGCUGCGGGCCCAUCGCGGAGCUCGUCGAGGGCGGCGCCGACGAGCGCGUCCUCGCCGACGGCGAGACGGCGUCCGCGGCCUUCGACGCGCCGGUCCUGCCCUGGGACGAGGGGCGCGCGGCCGCGCCCGCCGCCGCGCCGGCGCCCGCCGCGGCCGCGCCGGCCGCCGCGCCGGCCGCCGACGACGCGGUGCGGGAGGUCGUGCCGCCGACGCCGGACCCCGCGCCCGCCGCGCCCGCCGCGCCGGCCGCCGAGGAAACGAAAAGCGAGCCUGCCGCCGCCGAGGAGGCGAAGGCUCCGGAGCCCGCGGUCGCGCCGGCCGACGAAUCCUUGAAAGUGCACGUCGAACUGAAUGGCGUGCAGGUGUACUUCAAGAUCAAGCGGACGACGCGGAUGCAAAAGGUUUUUAGCGCCUUAGCCACGCGACAGGGCGUGGACGUAACGUCGCUCCGCGUUGCGUUCCGGGGCGCGCGCGUCGGCGGCCUCGACACCGCCGACAUUGUCGGCCUGCGCGACGGCGACCGGCUCGACGCCGAGGUCAUAGAGCCGGAGCCGGAGCCGGCGCCGCCCGUCGCGCCGCCGCCACCAGCGCGCGACGCGGCGCCCGCGACGCCCGUGCCGGCGGACCUCCUGAUCGUGGACAGCCUCAUCGCCGUCGUGAGCGUCGCGCUCGUCGCCGUCGUCGCCCACAAGUAUCUAGCUGCGUAA